AUGAACCCCUCCAAUCCGCCCCAAGCUGCCGAAUAUGGUGGAGAUGAAGUCUCAGCCAUUGUUCUCGACCCGGGCUAUUCGACCAUCCGCGCUGGCUUCGCUGGUGAAGAUGCCCCCAAAUCACUAGUUCCAACGUAUUACGGCAAGUACAACGCCGAUGGCCAAGAGAAGUUCAUUUACGGAGAUGACAUCUUUGUUACCCCGCGCCCUGGUCUUUCCAUCCACAACCCGAUCGGCAGAGAUGGCAUUGUUGAGGAUUGGGACAUGGCAGAGAAGGUAUGGGAGUAUUCGUUCACUUCGCGACUCACAGGCGCGAAAGCAGGCAAUCCAUUCCAGAAUGGACUGAACGAUAUCCCCAGUGAGGAGCUGCCCACAGAGAUGGAGGUGGAGUCGGAAGAGAAGCCUUUGGCGGACAGCCCAUUGUUGAUGACGGAGCCUGGAUGGAACCCGGUCAAGGCACGCGAGAAGACCAUUGAGAUUGCCAUGGAGAAAUGGGGCACCCCAGCUUUCUACUUGGCACGGACUGGUGUGCUUGCAUCUUUUGCUUCUGGUAAAGCCUCUGCUCUCGUGGUGGACAUUGGCGCUUCGAAUAUCUCCAUCACCCCGGUUCACGAUGGCAUGAUCCUCAAGCGAGGUGUGCAGCACUCCCCGCUAGGUGGAGAUUAUAUUUCAUCCCAGAUCCGCGCACUGUUCAAGAGAAACUCUCCGCAACCCAUUACUAUCACGCCGCACUACCUGAUCAGCUCCAAGAGCCCCGUCGAGGCUGGCCAGGAACCCCAGGUCCAAUUCAAGACCUUCGCUGCCGACAAGGCACCAGAUGCGUCCUACCGCGCCCUUCUGGAAGAGCGCACCCUCGCCGAGUUCAAGGAGUGUGUCGUCCAGACCUGGCCCGGACCUAACAGACUCUCCGCCACCGGUCCCAACGGUGUUUCCAACGAAGACGCCGCUCGCACAUCCCCCGGCCGUCCGUUCGAGUUCCCCGACGGAUACAACCAGGUCUUUGGCUCCGACCGGUUCCGUGUCGUGGAGUCCUUAUUCGAUGCUAAAGCUCACAUCCCUGAUCCCGACUCUCCUUUCCCUCCACCCACCCCCGCCCAGACUCUCCCUGAGCUGAUCAAGGCAUCCCUGAGCGGUGUGGACGUGGACCUCCGCCCCCACCUGCUAGGCAACGUCGUCGUCACCGGCGCCUCCAGUCUGCUCUACGGCUUCGGCGACCGUCUGAGCCAUGAACUAAUGGCUCUGUUCCCCGGUCCGCGCGUUCGUCUGACGGCUCCCGGUAACACUGCCGAGCGCCGUUUCGGCUCCUGGAUCGGAGGAAGUAUCCUGGCCAGUCUGGGUACUUUCCACCAGAUGUGGAUCUCCAAGAAGGAAUACGAUGAGCACGGCGCGAACAUUGUAGAGAAGCGCUGCAAAUAG